GAGCGUCUGAGGAAGCAGUCCGGGGGCCCUCCGCAGGAAGGGGGUGUGUGGUGGAAAGAGGACACUUCCUGCCGGACUGAGAUUGGGGCUCGGGCUCUGGCUCAGGGCCUGAACACUCUAGGUCUAUUUUUAAGUUCUUUGGAGUCUGCUCUCCCCACAGCCCUUCGCCGCUAAGCGCGCCCGAGUUCACGGGAGGGAUCGCGCCUGCGCCCCAGGGCGGCCCCACGUCGUGUCCCGCCACUAGGAGAAGGUCAAAAGUCUUGUAUCAUCUUGUCUGGAUUCACAUACCUUAUAUCCAGGACAUUCAUCAUUCCACUGUAUCAUUCUUCUAUUCUACUUGUCUUUUUUAUCAGUUUUUUAAAUAACUUUUUAAAGUUAUCAAAAUCAUGAGACCCUCUUGGACAUCACUAUCAAUUUUUAGAGAGAAUUUAAUAGCUGUCUUCCAAGAAUUUGAAGUAUUGUCAAGUAGAAGAGAUUAGAUUUAUUUUCCAUGGCUUAGGAGGAUAUAAAUAGGAGUAAUGGUUAAGACAGAUUUCAACUCAAUAAAGGAAAAGCUUCCUAACACAGCUGAACAAAAGGAAAUGAGUUGCCUGCAAUGGUAGGGGGUUCCCUAUCACCAGAGAUCUUCAGGUGGAAGGUAGAACACUUGUCAAGGACAUUGGAACCUCAUUACUAGGUGAACUGAAUAUCCCUUCCAACUCUAUUAUUCAUGUAUCAGAUAGAGGAUUGCACUACAUGGCCUAUACAAUUACUUGUAAAUCUAAGGCUUUUUGCAGUUAUUCUAUAAUUGUCAUCUGUCUCCAUCAACUUCCUUCCCCUUCUACUUCCAAUCAGAGAACAGGUGACUUUUUUUUUUUUUUUUUUUUUUUUACUUUCCAUUUAUAAUUUCAGAUUAUAAGACCAGGACUGACAACAAGUUACUGAUCCCAAAGCAGGAAAUUUCUGAAGAAAUAGAAUCUUGCAGAACAAUAUCAGAAAUUCUCCAAACAGAUGUUCUCCAGAAACCUAAAUUUGGAAAAACUUAUGAACUUUAAAGGAGGUUAGAUAGUAAGGUGAGUAUCCCAUCUGAGAAGAGAUGGAAAAACUCCCUUUCCCAGCAGAGAAAGGCACAGGUGACAGUCAUGCAUGAAGAAACCCCUAGAGAUGAGAGAGGUCAUGAAUGUUCUGAAUUUGCGAGAAACUUCAGUCUGAACUCAAAUCUUGUUAUAGAGCAAAGAGUUCCUGUGGGAGUGAGACCUCAUAAAUGUGAUACUUGUGGCCAAAGCUUUGGCCAGCGCUCAGUCCUUAUUCAGCAUCUGAGAAUUCAUACUGGAGAGAAACCUUUUGAAUGUAAUGAAUGUGGGAGAGCAUUCAGCCAGAGAUCUGAAAUUAUUAGGCAUCGGAGGAUUCAUACUGGAGACAAACCCUAUGAAUGUAAUGAAUGUGGCAAAGCAUUUAGUCAUAGAUCAACCCUCAUUGAACAUCAAAGAAUUCACACUGGAGAGAAGCCUUUUGAAUGUAAUGAAUGUGCAAAAGCCUUCAGAGGAAGGUCAGAUCUUAUUCGACAUCAAAGAAUUCACACUGGAGAAAAACCUUAUCAGUGUAAUGAGUGUGGAAAAGCCUUUAGUCACCGAUCUGUCUUUAUUGCACAUCAGAGAAUUCACACUGGGGAGAAACCUUAUGAAUGUCAUGAAUGUGGCAAGACGUUCAAUUGGAGCUCGAGCCUUUUCCAACAUCAGAGGGUUCAUAGUGGAGAGAGACCCUAUGAAUGUAAUGAAUGUGGAAAAGCUUUUACACAACUUGCAGUUCUUAUUGACCACUUAAGAACUCAUACUGGAGAAAAACCUUACGAAUGUAAUGAAUGUGGGAAGGCUUUCAGUCAUGGCUCAAAUCUUCUUCAACAUCAGAGAAUUCAUUCUGGUGAGAAACCAUAUGAAUGUUGUGAAUGUGGAAAAACUUUCUGUCACAGCUCAAAACUUAUUCAGCACCAGAGAAUUCAUAGCAGAGAGUGACCUCAAUGUAGUGGAGAAUUCCCAAAAGUUACUUUGGAGCAAGACCCUAUUAAAGGUUUUAAGUUCAAGGGCAGGGCCCAUUUUUAUAUAACUUUCUGUAGGAUCUAACCUGGUGCCACAUAGUGUUUAAUAAAUGUUUUUGCUUGGCUAAA